CCCCGCUAGGCUUCCUCCACAUCACCAAUCUAUCCUCAACAACCUCAAUUGUCCUUAUGCGCGUCAACUUGUCCUGACCGUGCAAUCGCUCGCCACAUCGUAUGAGCAUGCUUGGUUGAACAGAAGUACCAACUCUCUACUUGGCGACAGUUCAGAGCUAUAGCAUGCGCCUCUUUACCUCUUCUCUUGUGGGGUGCCUCCUCAUCGCCUCAGGACCGGUCGCAGCGUUACCUUCCUUAUCAAGCUUCACCUUCCCUACGGAUUCUUCGUCUCCUUAUAAGACCCAAAGCUCGUGGCGGCGGCUAUCGAACAGCAUUAUUGGUCGAAUAUGGCAGGCUUCGGAGGUUCAGGCACCUAUACAAAACAACCAUAGGACAGAUAAGAGCAAAGUUCUUCCUGGAAAACUCGUGGCAAGUUACGGUCAGGAUGUGGUUUUGCGAUUCUCAAUAAGCUCUGCUGAAGAGGCGCAAAGCUUAGCUGAGGCAUCAAAUAUUCUGUUUCUAGAUGUCUGGGACUUCGGCCAAACUUGGGCGGACAUUCGCAUUGCGAAGGACGUGAUACCGUCGCUGCUUGGAUUGCUACCUCAGUCCCUACAAAGUAAACAUAUAGCUUUAAUGGAUAAUCUAGAUCUCGCAACUGCCAUCAUCGACACAUAUCCUUCGACCUCUGCGACGAGUCCACACGACACGAUUCACUUUACACCUUCCCUUGGACCACGUUCGCCUACGACGGACAACAUCUUCUUUCAAUCCUAUCAACCAUUAUCUGUGAUCGAACCAUGGAUGAACCUUUUGGCUUCAAUGUUCCCCACCCACGUACGGCGCAUAAAUGUUGGCAUCUCUUAUGAAGGCAGAGAUAUACCAGCACUUCGUGUAGGCGUGCAUCCGGGAGGUGAAGAGAUUCCACACCAAAAGCGUAAAACAAUUCUGAUUACCGGCGGUUUACAUGCUCGCGAAUGGAUCAGUACCAGUACGGUCAACUAUGUAGCGUGGAGUCUCAUUACUUCAUACGGUAAAGACCCAGCCACAAAGGCACUCCUGGAGGCCUACGAUUGGGUGUUCGUCCCUACAUUGAAUCCAGACGGUUAUGUCUACAGCUGGGAGAGUGACCGACUCUGGCGGAAGAACCGCCAGCCAACCUCGCUUCGAUUUUGUAAAGGUAUUGACCUUGAUCGCUCCUUCCCAUAUCAAUGGGAUGGCGAAUCAACAGCCGGAAAUCCGUGCUCGGAGUCAUAUUCUGGUGCCACGCCUCUCGAAGGUGUUGAGAGCCAACGCUUCGUCGAAUGGGCGAAGAAUGAGACUGAGAAUAAUGAUGUCGAGUUCGUCACUCUCCUGGAUCUACAUAGCUACAGCCAGCAAGUCAUGUAUCCAUACAGCUACACUUGCACAUCGGAACCACCGACCAUCGAAGAUCUAGAAGAACUAGCGCUAGGCCUCGCAAAAGCGAUCCGCCUUUCCCACAACGGCCACGGCCAUAUGUACCAUGCCAUCCCAGCUUGCGAGGGCAAUGUUGCUACCAAGGACUCGAAGGACCAGAAUAACAAGACAUUCUUCCCCCGCAUAGAGUCUGGAGGUGGAUCCUUACUAGAUUUCUUCUACCAUGAAAUGCGUGUCAAGUAUGCGUACCAAAUCAAGUUGCGAGAUACUGGUAGCUACGGCUUCCUUCUGCCCAAAGAAAACAUAGCUCCGACCGGCCGAGAGAUCCUCGAGGCCGUGAUGUAUCUUGGCAAGUUUCUGCUAGGAGAGGUCGGCUUGCAGGAUGAAAGCACGGGAGGCGACGUCGUAGCGGGCGACAAGACAGACCUUCUUCAGGACAAGAAUGUAUCGUCAGACUUUGAGGAUUGGCACAACGAGUGGAUACAGGACCGACUGGACAGUGAGGAGCAAGAAGAGGACGAGCCCGUGGCCUGGGAACUCAGAAGACGAAGGCGACGCUGAAAAAACCUCCUUGAUAGUAUUCUUUGGAAACAAUAUUCUAAUUCGGAUUAAUGAUUUUGUGUUUCGCCCUCUCACCCCAGGCACGUAGUGCACGUAAAGUGUUCUAAAUUUGUCUGUACAUGCUAAGCACUCGUGAAAGCGUGUGGACGAUCACCAAGCAGUCCUAAAGGUUUCAGGUAAUGCGAGCAUUCAUAUUCGUAUUGUUAUUAAACUUUUUGUGCGCUGCACAACCAAGCUCGCGAAGUCCAUACCC